CACGCCAGCCGCUCCCGCAGGAAGAGCGUCCCAGGCGGCAAACAGUACAGCAUCAACAUGGACGCCCCGCCGGCACCCCCCUUCCGUUCCUCGCAACAGGGUUUCCUCAGCCGCCGCCUGAAGAGCUCCAUCAAGCGCACGAAGAGCCAGCCCAAGCUGGACCGCACCAGCAGCUUCCGCCAGAUGCUGCCCCGCUUCCGGAGUGCUGACCAUGACAGGGCCCGCCUGAUGCAGAGCUUCAAGGAGUCGCAUUCGCACGAGUCCCUGCUGAGCCCCAGCAGCGCCGCUGAAGCCCUGGAGCUCAACCUGGACGAGGAUUCCCUCAUCAAGCCGGUGCACAGCAGCAUCCUGGGCCAGGAGUUCUGCUUCGAGGUGACCACGUCUUCGGGCACCAAGUGCUUCGCCUGCCGCUCGGCUGCCGAGAGAGACAAGUGGAUCGAGAACCUGCAGAGAGCCGUCAAGCCCAACAAGGACAACAGCCGGCGGGUGGACAAUGUGCUGAAGCUCUGGAUCAUUGAGGCCCGGGACCUGCCCCCCAAGAAACGCUACUACUGCGAGCUGUGCCUGGACGACAUGCUCUACGCGCGCACCACCAGCAAGAUGCGCACGGACAACGUCUUUUGGGGGGAGCACUUUGAGUUCAACAACCUGCCAGCCGUGCGCACCAUCCGGCUGCACCUCUACAAGGACACGGACAAGAAGCGUAAGAAGGACAAGAGCAACUAUGUGGGCAUGGUCAGCAUCCCCAUUGCCAGCGUCACCGGGCGCCAUUUCGCAGAGCAGUGGUACCCGCUCAGCCAGCCCAGCGCCAGCAAGAGCAAGGCCGGCUGCCCGGCCAUCCGGGUCAAGAGCCGCUUCCAGGCCAUGAGCAUCUUGCCCAUGGAGCUCUACAAGGAAUUCGCCGAGUACGUCACCAACAACUACCGCAUGCUGUGCGCUGUGCUGGAGCCCGUCCUGAGCGUCAAGAGCAAGGAGGAGGUGGCCUGCGCCCUGGUGCACAUCCUCCAGAGCACUGGCAAGGCCAAGGACUUCCUGUCCGACAUGGCCAUGACGGAAGUGGACCGCUUCAUGGACCGCGAACACCUCAUUUUCCGGGAGAACACGCUGGCCACCAAAGCCAUAGAGGAGUAUCUCAAGCUGAUUGGACAAAAAUACCUCAAGGAUGCAAUUGGUGAGUUCAUCCGAGCUUUGUACGAGUCUGAGGAGAACUGCGAGGUGGACCCCAUGAAGUGCUCGGCCUCCACUUUGGCCGACCACCAGGCCAACCUCCGCAUGUGCUGCGAACUGGCCCUCUGCAAAGUGGUCAACUCCCACUGCGUGUUCCCCCGGGAGCUGAAGGAGGUCUUUGCAUCGUGGCGGCUGCGCUGUGCCGAGAGGGGCCGGGAAGACAUUGCCGACCGCCUCAUCAGCGCCUCCCUCUUCCUGCGUUUCCUGUGUCCAGCCGUCAUGUCCCCCAGCCUCUUCGGCCUGCUUCAGGAGUACCCGGACGAGCAGACGUCCCGCACCCUCACACUCAUCGCCAAGGUCAUCCAGAACCUGGCCAACUUCACCAAGUUUGGCAGCAAGGAGGAGUACAUGGCGUUCAUGAACGAGUUCCUGGAGCUGGAGUGGGCCAGCAUGCAGCAGUUCCUCUACGAGAUCUCCAACCUGGACACCCUCACGAACAGCAGCAGCUUCGAGGGCUACAUUGAUCUCGGCCGGGAGCUCUCCACUCUGCAUGCUCUGCUCUGGGAGGUCCUGCCCCAGCUCAGCAAGGAAGCCCUGAUCAAGCUGGGCCCGCUGCCCCGUCUGCUGAACGAAAUCAGCCUCGCUCUCAGGAACCCCCACAUCCAGCGGCAGCCCAGCCACCAGGGCGAGCGGCUGCAAGCCAAGCCAGUCAUCCUCCGCGGGCCCUCGGCCGACGUGCAGUCCUCGUACAUGAUGCGGGACCUCAACAGCUCAGUUGACAUGCAGCCCUACAUGAUGCGAGCCAUGAACAGUUCCAUCGACAUGACGCGCUUGCCCUCCCCGACCAAGGAGAAGGGCUCCAAAGAGCUGUUCUUCGUGCCGCGGCCGCCCCUGGCCCGCUCCUCCCCCGCCUACUGCACCAGCAGCUCGGACAUCACCGAACCAGACCAAAAGGUGCUGAGCGUCAACAAGAGCGUCUCCAUGCUGGACCUGCAGGACAGCCGCAUGAACAGCGUCUCCAACCUGCACAGCGUAGGCGACUUGCUCAACAGCAGCCAGGCCUCCAUCACCGCCGGCCUGGGUCUGCGGCCCAGCCGGCUCUCCCAGGGCAGUGGCUCCAGCAUCGCGGCCGGCCUGCGGCUGAGCCAGAUGGGGGUCACCACCGACGGGGGCGGCCCCUCCUCCGCGCAGCAGCUCCGCAUCCCGCUCUCCUUCCAGAACCCCCUCUUCCACAUGGCCUCUGACGGGCCGGCCGGCGGCCCGCUGCAUGCCUCCCACCCACACCGGCCGGCGGAGGGCAACCCUGCCGAUACCUUUGCCCCCUUCCAUGGCUACAGCAAGAGCGAGGACCUCUCGACCAGCAAGCACAUCAUCCACAGCCACAGCUACAGUGACGAGUUCACCCGCCAAGGCUCGGAGUUCACCAAGCGCCAGCUGUCCCUGCAGGAGAACCUCCAGAACAUGCUGUCCCCGCCCCAGAUCACCAUCGGCCCCCAGCCCCAGCGCUUGGCCCCCGCCCCUCAGCCACAGCCCCCCCUGCAGCGGGGCAAGUCCCAGCAGCUGACGGUUUCUGCGGCUCAGAAACCUCGGCCCUCCAGCGGGAACCUGCUGCAGCCCGAGCCCACCUACGCCCCCACCCACGCCCGCCAGCAGUCGGUCACCAAGGAGGCGCCUUCCGCGCUCAAGCCAUCCAUCACCAAGCAG